AUGGCUACAGGUGUAGAUGCGAAGCUGCUAAAGUCGACCAGGUUCCCGCCGGAAUUUUCACAAAAGGUUGACAUGCAAAAAGUUAACCUUCAGGUAAUGAAGAAAUGGAUUGCUAGCAGGAUCUCGGAAAUUUUGGGCAGCGAAGAUGACGUCGUGAUAGAGCUUUGCUAUAAUCUGAUUGAAAGCUCUCGCUUUCCUGACAUCAAAGGCCUACAGAUCCAGCUCACCGGAUUUCUAGACAAGGAAACGCCCGGUUUCUGCAAAGAGCUAUGGAAUCUGUGCUUGAGCGCUCAAGCCAGUCCACAGGGCGUGCCGAAGGAGCUUCUGGAAGCCAAGAAGCGCGAGCUUAUGCAAGAGAAGAUCGAAGCUGAAAAAGCAGCAGAGGAGCGACAAAAACGCGAGGCACAAUCUUUUCGAGGACGAGGCGAUGGUCGUUCCGACAGCUACCGUGGAGGGGGCCGCGGUCGUGGUCGUGGUGGUGGUUUCGGAGACAGGGACAUGAACGACCGACGAGGCGGUUUCACUCGCGGAAGGGACGGUUCUCGCUCACCACCGCCACGUGGUGGUGUCGGCGGCGACUCCUACAGAGCUCCCCGUCGGGACAUUUAUGUGCCUCGCGGUCGCAGAAAUUCUAUGGGAAGGCGUGGCGACACCAAACGAAGAUCUCCUUCAGUAGAUUCCGGGAGCUCAAGAUCGAGGACGCGCAGUGCGAGCUCUGCUAGUAGCGACAGAUCACCGUCCCGUUCGCGCUCCCCGCCGCCCCGACGCGAGCAGCGUGGUUCACGAUAUCGAGAUUCAAGGAAGCGCUUACGGUCGCCGCGGCGACCCUACCGGCCCAGACGCCGAUCUUCCUCAGUUGCUAGUGUCUCUCGGUCUCGGUCACCUAAGAGGCGUAGGAGGGCUAGCUCGCGUGGCCGGGAGGUUGGACGCUUGACUAGAUCUCCUUCAUCCUCGUCAACAUCUUCACGAUCACGCUCACGUUCACGCUUACGUAGCCGAAGCCGAAGCCGGAGCCGGAGCCCGCCGGGUGGCAAGAAUGGCAAAACUGGCCGGGGCAGCAAGAGGAGAGGGCGAUCACCGACGCGCAGCCCAAGCCCGGCGAGUUCGCGUGGGAGUCGCCGGCGCCGGCGCCACGGCUCUCGUAGCCUGAGCAAACACCGCCGCAGCCGCAGCCCUAAUCGUAGUCACGGGCGUCACAGAAGCACAAGUCGGGACCGGGGCAAGAACCGUGAUCGAUCCAACUCACGCCAUAGGCGACAUGGGUCGGAUAGGAAGAGACGCCAAAGCCCCUCGAUUUCACCACCAAGAGACUCACGAGACAAAUCAGCUGAUGGAUCCCGCACCAAAGACAGACCAACGCCACAGCUACGCACUGGCGAACCAGAAUCGACCACCGCCGCCUCAAGCCCGCCCAAGGUCCGCUCCCCGCUUCAAAAAGAUUCCGUUGACAACGAAGCCAACUUGUUGCGGGAAAAAGAACUUAAGGAGAGAAUUCUGAAGAUGAGAUCCUCAAAGAGCGGCUCCAGCAUUGCAUGA